ACUACCUCCUUCUGCUGUGUGUGUAUCCACUGCUUUGCCGCCGGCUCCCCUGCUCUGCCGCCGGCUCCCCUGCCCUGCGGCUGUAUGGCCAUGUUGGAGAGGAGGCCACAGCUAUGGAAACAGAAGCAUCGUGGGAAGGCGUUCAUGGCACUGGUUUUCUUCCCAGUGGUCGUGCUCCUCAGCGGCAGUAGCCGAACGAUGUCGGGCCUAUCAACAUCAGCGCUGAUCCCUCCGGUGGAGCGUAACUUGCCGGUUUGGCACCGGCCGAUCAUCGUCCAACGGAGCGAUAAGCUACUUCAACGUAUCAUCCCGAUGGACAAGGAAGAGCUGGCCAUGGGAAGGAAUGGCACGGCCCAAUGUAGCAAAAGCAGAGUCCAGACCGUUGCCGAUGUGGUCCGCUCAGAUGUUGACAGGGGUGACAAACAAGUGCAAAUGAAGAAUAUCAUGGAGUCGAAGCCCAUGGCCUCACAAUUCCCUAGUUCUGCUACAAAGCAGGGGAUACCGGAGUUCUUUAAGGAUGAAUCUGUUGAGAGACCUAAGUUUGCUUCUCUCACAACGCCAGGAUCCAUGGACAGGAACAAUUCAGGGCCUAUUGCUGGUAUCUUGCGACAUAUGAUGGGCCAAAAUGUGACAUAUGCUCUUCUUAAUCACACGGAUUAUUUUGAGUUCAUUCCAUUGGAGGAAUUCAACUCGGGGAGCAGUGACUAUGUUAAUUACUCAGAGACAGAGCCCAAUGUGCUUAUUGAAGUUCUAAUAACUACCUUUGCAGCUGGGAUAAUUGUAUGGUUGAUAUCUACAACGAUGAACAUCAAGCCGGUGAUCUCUAGAUGCUUGGGCAAGGAUGUACGCAUUCUGAUUGCUGUUGCUGUUGUGCUCGCGUCUUCCACACAUGUGCGGUCUGCUCCUGAAGAUAUUCCACCUGUCGUGGCCACAGUUUUCGGCGAUGUAGUGGAUUCAUACGACCCAUUUCUCAAUGUUAUGCACACGUUGCUAGAAGCAAACACAGAACCUGAUGAGUACGAUAAAUAUUUUCUUCCUCAAGAGAAGCAGCCAGGACCACCAGCUUGGUGGAUCAGUGUCGAGGUGAAAGAUGAAGAUAUUGGACGCAGUGCCCUCAUGUAUUUCAGAUCAGAUAAUAUAUACCUCGUUGGAUUUAUGAAUGGAUAUGGAACGCUAUACUGCACGGAUGAUGCAGAAGAAAUGUUCCCACAGGGCUGCACCCCGUUGGGUUUCACAAGCAAAUAUCAUGAUCUCACAGGUCGAGAAGACAGAAAUGUUGAUCUUAGUCUAUUUCUCGGAAAAGUGCUUUUAGGAAGGACAGCGGCGAAAUAUGCAGCAGAUAUUCUUGUGGAGUACGGGGUUACUAUAAAGGAGCCGGAACUUGCUAAGAGAGCCUUGCUUGUCUACACUCUUAUGAUCCCAGAGGCGCUACGAUUUAAGCCCAUCCGCAAUCAAAUCAAGCUAAGUUGGUUGCACCCAGUGACCCUAACACCGGAGCAAUCCAACAUGGUCUUUGGGUGGCAGGAUAUGUCUAUAUUAUUCUGUCGUGGGGACGAUACAAGCAAGGAAAAUCCAAAAUGGACUAGAGGGGACGAAAGGCUCAAGAAAGCUCACAUAAAAAAUCGACAGGAUCUUAUCAAUACACUGGAUUUUGUGAAAUACGAGAAACAGUGCAAGAAAUUCAGGAAGGAGAAGAAGAAAAUUCCAUAGUAUUCUCGGUUCGUUGAUUUCCUAAUGGAGUAAGAUAAAUUACUCGCUUGAUUACCUGUUUGUUCAUUGUGCUAUGUGUUUGACCUGUUAGAUAUACUCUCAGAUUUUAUAUUUUUCAGCAAACUUGGCAUUGUAAUGAGGAACCUCUUUGAUAUACUUAUGGAUACUAUGAGUGCUUUCUUAUUUACA